AUGAAUUGAGUAAGGUUAAUGAAUGUUAAUUGUGAAUUAAGUCACAUCUAACUCACUUCCAUUAAAACCAUAUCGGGACAUCAAUGAUGGAAUUGAACGCGUAUUGAAUGUGUUAGGAGGGUAGUGCGAAUGAAGUGCAGGUGCGCGGUCAUCAACCCUGUGUUAAACAUCGAUCUGUGGUCGAACGUCUUGAAGUAAUCGCCCUUUUCACUUCCCGUUCGUUCCACAUUCGCGACAUCAUGUGAUAACACGAUACUCGAACAAAAUGCACAAGAAGGACGAGAAUUUUGAACAAAGACGACUGGAAUUAGAAGCAUGGCUCCAGAGGAUGGAGGGCCGAUUGGCCGGAAUGGUGCCUGUGGGUCACACGGCCGAUGUCUUGGAAGUGCAACUAAGGGAGCAGAAGGGGCUCCACGCGGAGUUGCACCAGUUCAAGGCGCAGAUUGAGGGAUUCCAACAGUUGGUCCAGAGACUGGUCACUGCACACCAACAUGAAGACACCACUCGAUACAAGAAGGCAGCAGAAUACAUAAAUCAACACUAUCUUAGAUUGGACGCCUGCGUCAUAAACAGAGGCAAACUACUACAUUCCGCAAUGAGUUCCCUGCAAAAUUUGGACCGGUCACAAGACAAGUUUUUAGGUUGGCUUAGCGAAGCCGAAUCCGUAUUGGAAUCACUGGAAUCAGACAGCGAAUCGAGACGAGCAACGAUGCAGCUGAAGGAACUACAAGCCGAUCUCGACAGACAGGCGCCAACACAUGCGACCCUGAGGUCUUCCAGUUUGGCACUGUUGGGCUCGUUGGCUCCCGAAGACGCGCUCAUGUUACAGCUAAGAGGCGACGAAAUCGAACGAAGGUGGCAGUCUCUGUGUUCAAGAACUUCUGAUCUCAGAAACCGUUUAGAACACAACGCGGAUUACUGGAAUGCCUUGCUCUUAUCAUUACGCGAAUUAACGGAGUGGGUCAUUAGAAAAGACACGGAAUCCGGACUAGCGGCUCGGCAAGACGACCUACGAGCAUUCCGUCAGCAACUAGAAGAUAAACGUCCUCUUGUGGAGACGAGUUUGAGAAGUGCGAGGCAAUAUGUUGCUGGUGAUCCCUCUGGCGAACUUGCCAGAAAUUUGCGAAGGGAACUGGUAAAACUGUCGGAUAAAUGGAACGCGUUAAUCGAUAAGUCGGAUCAACUGGCUACGCGAUUCGAACAGAACACGCUGAAAUUGAAACAGUUAACCAUGAACCUGGAAGAAGCUUCAGGAGCGGUGGCUCGGCUAGAACGCGCCACCCUGAGUUGGAGCGGUCCAAGGAGUGCGGCCGAAGCCAGAGAGCUGUUGGUGAAUCUGCGCACAUUGGAAACACAACUGCCACCGCUUCAGAGAUCGCUGGAGGAAGCGAGGAUCCAAGCUGCUAAUAUGGGUGGAGCUUUGCCGAACAAUUUGGCCGCGCAACUAGAAGAUUGUACGGCACGAUGCCGAGCUCUUCAAGCUGCCAUCAGGGAACGGAGAGAACAACUGACCAGUAGUACACAAGGUGAAAUCUCCCCGGGUCCAUCUAGCGUACAGCCACCAUGGGAGCGAGCAACCACCCCGAACAAAGUGCCCUACUACAUAAACCACAGCACUGAAACUACCCACUGGGACCAUCCACAAAUGCUGGAGCUGGCCGCCUGUUUGUUACAACUGAACGAUGUACGGUUUUCCGCAUAUAGAACUGCCCUUAAACUGAGAUCCAUCCAGAAGAAACUGAGCUUGGAGUUGGUGACAUUGAGUGCGGCAUCAGAGGCGUUCGACUUGCACGGUUUAAGGGCGCAGAACGACAAAAUACUCGAUGUGGCGGAUAUGGUUUUGGUGUUGAGAGCGAUAUACGGUAAUGUUUCGGCACAGCAAACCACCGUCAUUGUUGAUGUGCCACUUUGCGUCGAUUUGGCAUUGAAUUGGCUUUUGAAUGUCUACGACAGUCAACGAACCGGUCAAAUUCGCGUACUCAGCUUCAAAGUUGGACUGAUAAUACUAUCCAAAGGCCAUUUGGAAGACAAAUAUCGUUAUUUAUUCAGAUUGAUAGCUGAUCCGCAACAAAAAGCAGACCAAAGAAAACUAGGUCUGCUCUUACACGACAUUCUUCAAGUACCGAGACAACUAGGGGAAGUGGCGGCUUUCGGAGGUUCUAAUAUAGAGCCGAGCGUGCGUAGCUGUCUAGGAGAACGGGAAGACUUAGAAGUUACCCAUUUCUUGGCCUGGUUGAAACAAGAACCUCAAUCAUUAGUUUGGCUACCGGUCUUACAUAGACUGGCAGCGGCAGAGAGCGCCAAGCACCAGGCAAAAUGCAAUUCGUGUAAGCAAUACCCGAUAGUUGGUUUGAGAUACAGGUGUUUGAAGUGCUUCAACUUCGACAUGUGUCAGACAUGUUUUUUCGCGGGAAAACUGACCAAGGGCCACAAACUGUCGCAUCCAAUGCAGGAGUACUGUGCUGCCACCACAUCCAUCGAAGAUAUGCGCGACUUUACGCGUGCUUUAAAGAACAAAUUCAAGAGUAAGCGAUACUUCGUGAAACACCCACGUGUCGGUUACCUUCCGGUGCGUUCCGUUUUGGAGGGAGAUGAAUUGGAGAGUCCGGUGGCUUCACCUCAGCACAACGACAUGCACUCCAGACUGGAAAUCUAUGCUAGCAGACUGGCGGAGGUGGAAUUGCGCGCCGCAAGUCCGGAGGAUGAGCACAGACUAAUAGCUGACUACUGCCAAUCAUUGGAAGCGGCACCUGCCAGUCCGGGACAGUUAAUGUUGGUCAUUGACGAGGAACAACGUGCAGAGCUGCAGGAGAUGAUACGAGAAUUGGAAGCGGAAAAUGCAGCGCUGCGUCAAGAGUAUGAUCAGUUGCAGAGAGGAUCUGCGCCACAUCCACCUCAGCCGCAACAUGACGUGUUGGCCGAAGCUAGAUUGUUAAGACAACACAAGGGCAGGUUGGAAGCCAGGAUGCAGAUCUUGGAGGACCACAACAGACAAUUAGAGGCGCAGCUUCAGAGAUUAAGGCAACUGUUGGAUGAGCCGCAGACCUCGACAUUGCAGACCAGAAGUGUUACGGCAUCGCAAUUGAACCAAGACACUCCGGGCAGGGUCAAUCAGCCUCCUCCACCGGCCGAUCAUCGUUGAUCGUUGACAUCUCGAUAGAAUGAAUCAUAUCAGUUAAGGAUUAAGAGUUAUCGCUUGUCAGGCAUAAUCAAUCAGAAUAUAUCAUGUAUACUAACCAUAUCAUUUUAUACAUAUGUCUCCCAAUUAUUGUUAGUGUCACUAGCGAUGUUUAUUAUUUUCUGUUAAUGUUGUUAGGGAAGCGAAAUGAAAAUCAAGUAUUUAAUCAAUAAUGACGUAAGAUUGUACAACGGGCUUUGGACUGAAACUGUCGAAUUUGUUGGACGAGAUGAUGUUACUUAUGCUUUCAAUAAAUUAUCCUCGGUUUAAAGAAA